AAGCGUGGUAAAAUCAUCGCCCAAAUGCUUUUAUUUAUUAAGAUAGCCGAUUCCAUAUUCCGAAAUACUGAUUUCGAUGGAGACGGUUUGAGAAAUGACGUUGCAUUCACUGUUGACAAAAUUACUAUACUCGAAAGUAAAAAUGAUUCCGAACUACUCUUCGGCACAGAGACUAAUGACUACAAAAUAUUUCUACAGAACUUAUCCAAGUAUCGUCAUCCGUAUUGUAUGUUAAUCUGCUUCAGUCACAGAGAUUUCUGGAAUUACUCGCAAUGCGCAGUUUCCAAAGUCAACAAGAUUGGAGGAAUCUGUUCUGAUUCCAAAGCAUCGGAAAGUAUGGAUAACGUCGGUUUUAUUAGCAAUUUAGAAAAUAAUGAAAUUAUUCCGAGAUUUAGAAUACCGUUAAAUUUAGUUCAUCAAUUGGGACACGCAUUCGGUUGUCACCACGAUCCCGAAAAUAAUCGAUUUUGUAGUCCCGGAGAUAUCGAUCCGAAACAAGGCAAUUAUAUCAUGCACCCGAAUAUAUCUUAUGGUGUGUUUCAAAAUAAUUGGCAGUUUUCUACUUGUUGCAAAAAUACGAUAAAGAAUUUCUUUAGAACAUCAAGAAUAAAGAAUUGUCUAAUGAGAAGAGAAUUAUCGACUUGUGGAAAUGGAAUCGUAGAAGAAGGAGAAUCGUGCGACUGCGAUUCUUCGGCAGAAAACUGUACAGCUGUUGAAAAAUGUUGUACACUUAGUGUACAAUCAUCGCGGUGUACAGUGAGAGAGGGAAUGACUUGUUCUCCUAGUAAAGGACAAUGCUGCGACGAUAAUUGUAAUAUUAUUGAAUCUGACAGAAAACGGAGGUGUUUCAGUAAUAUGGAAUGCUUUAACGUUACCACAAUUUGCGAUGGAGUUUCUGCAUUUUGUUCUGCAGUGAAACAACCGGAUGGUACGCCUUGCAGACAAAAUUCUGGAACGUGUAAUAAAGGACUAUGCAACAGCAACGUCUGUCGCGAUCACAAUAUGAAACUUUGCCAAUGUAAGAGCAGUCGUUUCGAAUGUCACAUUUGCUGUAGGAAUGAAACGAGUAGGUGCCAAACUGCUAAAGACUUGCAGUUUUUUCCAUCCAAGAACGAAUUCUACGUGAAAAUGCCUGGAACUUUUUGUAAUAACGAACACGGGCUGUGUACUAGAAAUGGAUCUUGCGUACGCAAAACAUUAUGGAGUAUGUAUGACAUUUGGAAUUAUCUCACACCUGUACCCUUUGUAAUAUUUAUUAUUGUUGCAGUAUUUUGUUUUCAUAGUCAUGAACACAAAAGAGUGAGUAUAGAGUUGUUGAUAAAAAUGCAGCGUUUAAAGGAAAAAAAUAAGAAACCAAUGAAAUGGAAGAUAAUAAAGAAACGAAAGAAGAGAAGAAAGGAUGUCUAAAAAUAUACACAUUAAUUUUACGACUUACCUAUGGUUAUAUUUGAAUUAUAGGAGACCUUAAGUAAUGUAGACCACAUGAAAUACCAUUUUCUUAUCAAUGUAAUUUCAUUCUGUAAUGUUUCGACUGGUUUUAAUGAUUAACGUGUCUUUAUGUAAUAAUUUUAAGGAAUAUAAAAAUGAAUAUUAGUCUUUAAGAACAACUAUUUAA